GACACGGCUUGCCGCCGUGACGUCACUAACGCCGCCCCUCAGUCCUGUGCGGCGCUUGGAGGGAGGCGGCUCUGCCUCUUCCGUGUCGUCAGCCAUAGGCCCCGCCCUCCUGUGCGGUACUGAUCGGCGGCUAACCCGGGCCCUGAGUCUCCCCGCCGGCCGAGCCCCAGCCCCAGCUGUCGGGAGUUAAUUAGAACACCGGAAGGCGGAGGGCAUGCAGCGCACCGGGCGAAAUGAAGAAGAAGCGGAAAUUCCGGAUGGGUCCCAGGCGGGCCCAUCCGGGGAAUGCACGUCGAGGAGCGGUCAGACUGAGCAGGAAACUCCGGGGAUGAGGAUCAAGGACGAGGCCGCAGGGGAUGCAAUCUACUCAGAUCCCAUUGAUUCAGAACCUGGUGGGCUUUUCCCAGGAGCUCCCUUUAGCUGGAGUUCUCCAGACAGUAGUGAAGGCCUAUGCCACUCAGGAGGGGCACCAGAACCUGGCAUUUAUGAAGAGCGUGCAUCCCGGCCAGGGAACAGUCGCAUUCCUGGAAAAGAUCAUCGUCGCUAUUACCACAGCCACUGGAGGCUUGAGUACUUGAUGGACUUCAAUCCUCGCUGUCAUAGCAUGAUCUGCAUGGUAUGUGGCAGUUCUCUGGCUACUUUGAAACUCAGCACUAUUAAGCGUCACAUCCGUCAGAGGCAUCCCUACUCCCUUAACUGGACGCCAAGUGAGAAAGAGGUCAUUAUUGGCAGCUGGGAUGCUCACCUUUGUGUAGAUGCACAGACACUGACAGGGACUGCGGGCGAGGAGCCUGGGUCAGAGGAUCCAUGCAUGGCACUAACACCAAAAAAGAAACGUCGCCGCCUGCCUCCAGUUACCAAAGGGGUAUGGCGCCCAAUGAUGGGUCCAGAGCUUUCUCAGCCAACUUUUCCAAACACCAGUCAUCUUGAACAGUACCUUAAUGAAUCACUUCAACAAUGGUUCCGCGUAGAAUUCUUGAUGGAUUAUGAUUGUGUAGGCAAUCAGCUUCACUGCAUGAUGUGUGCUAGUGUCUUGCCCAGUCUUAACCUUGCUGAUAUCAAGCGUCACAUCUUGGAUACACACCCAACAUCUCUCCAGUUAAGCCCCACACAAAAAAGUGUCAUCCUGGAGGCUUGGUCAAAUCGUGGACUGAACCAAGAAGAAGAGGGAGAAGAUGAAAUGGAUGACGACGACGACGACGAUGAUGAUGAUGAAGAAGAAGAUAUUCUAAACAGUGAGAUGAAAGAGAGCCAAUCAUUGCUUAAUUUAGACGUUAACCCGGAGCUAGACAAAGUAGUACCAGAACGCCAUAUCGAUAAGUUUGAGGGUAUAGAAGAGAAAAAUGAUAAGACUGAGAAAAUGAAACCGAGCUCAAGAGAGAGAUUGAUCUUGGAUGAUGAAAAUCUAGAGCCUAGAAAAACUCAGAAACCGGAGACUAGAAUGCUGUUGGAAAAGGAGAGUGUUGAGGCCCAGAGAACCAAGGAAGAAAACCAGAAGUUACAAGAUUCUAAAAAAAUGGAAGAUGAGAAGAUCACAAGACAAGAGGUUAAAAAGUGGAAGGCAAGUGAAAUCCAGGUGCCAAAGAAAGAAGAACAAGUAAAAAAGAUUCUUAAAUUGGUUGAGGUGGAAGAGAAGCUAAAACUGGUAACUCGGAAAUUGGAGGCGGAAAGAAAGGCAGCCCAAAAACUUGAGGAAGAAGAAAAGUUGAGAAAGAGGGAGAGUCAGAAAUUGGAGGAGGAAGAAAAACUGAAAAAAAUAAGGGACCAGAAACUAAAAAAUAAAGAAAAUAUUGUGAAGAUAGAGGAGGAGCAGCAGGAGAUAGACCAGAGAGUGGAAGAGGAAAGGCAAAAAUCAGAGUCACAAAUGUUGGAGGCAAAGAAUCAAAAGGGUAUAGAAGGGCUGCAACCAAGAAGGAGCUUAGAAUUCCAGAAUUCUGUAGAGCAAGAUAAAAAACCAGAUGUGGACACAGAGAAGACUCCUUCAGUACACGCGCAUUCAACACCAUCAAUGUCCCCGGUAAUGCUGGGAAUUGGACUUCCUGUGUUAAAAAUGGAAUCUCCAACACCUAUACUUAUCACCCGCGUCUCGUCCUCUCUCGUCCUUCCUGCAAAACCCUCCUCUUCUCUUUCCAUUUCGUCUCCUGAUCUAUUGAAAUCUUGGAAAGUUAUAGCUCCUAAGCUCUCUCCAGGAGAAAUCAGCCCUCCCAAGCAAGCCCCUGCAAACAAUGAUCCUGCCAGCUGGAACCCAAAGAUUGCCAAUACCACUAGCGAUGCCUGCUGGCCUUCUGGUGUUGAUCCUAUGCUGUGGGAAGUGAGCCUUUGGCGGGGAAACCCUGCAAAUGGGAACCAGUGCUCCUCUUAUCAGCUGCGUUGGCGCUCGGAUUAUUUGAUGGACUACAAUGGACUCCGGGGAAGUGUUGUUUGCAUGUAUUGCUGCUCCUCCCUCACUGUUUUAAAAGAGAGCAGCAUCAAACGGCACAUUAUACAAAAGCACCCACAGACUGGAAACUAUACCACGGAGGAGAGAGCCGCUGUCAUCCAUGAUUGGGAGACCAAAGUGGCUGAAGUGAGGCAGAUGGUGGCAGAGCAGUGCAAGGAUGGAGUUGCUAGAAAAGGCGAUGUACUUUUGGAUGUUACAAAACCACCAGAGAUGUACUCUGCUGUAGAGGAGGAGAGUAGCUGGUCAGGUAUGGUGCCCACAGAUGGCCGGGGAUCCUCCUGGGAGUUUGCUUUUGGAAGAGUGCAGGGUAAAACAAAAGACCCUCGCAGAUACGAGCAUGAUCGCUGGAAGCUAGAAUUCCUCAUGGACUACACUCCAGAAAAGGAUGGCCUGAUCUGUAUGGUAUGUGGAGCAACUCUUCUGAACCCAAAAAUCAGCACAGUGAAAAUGCACAUCCAGCAAAAGCACCCAGAUACCACCUACUUAAGUGACCAGGAGAAGGCUGUAGUCAUGGAAGAAUGGGAGCAAAAAUUGGCUGUUGGGAAAAGAGCAUCAACCCAGCAAGAUGGCGGGGAUGAGAUCUGCUUUGAAAUAAAUGAAGAAUCAUCCACUUCUGAUGCCAGUGGAUCCAAUGCUGAGAACUGCACUGGCCGCCCUGAGGUCAUCAAACCAUCUUCAUCCAAAUCGUCUAAUAUUGUUGCCUCUCUGCCCCCUCCUUGCAAUAGUGCCAGGCGGAACUACCAGGUCCGUUGGCGCACAGAGUUUAUGAUGGACUAUGAUUGCCGCCGUCAAGGGUUGAUCUGUAUGGUUUGUGGGGGUACUCUAGCCACCCUUAAGGUCAGUACUAUUAAGCGCCACAUAGUCCAGGUGCAUCCUUACUCUGUGGACUUUACACCUGAGGAGAGACAACGAAUUCUGGAGGCCUACAGUGAAAUGGCACUGCAUUACAUCCACUCAGAGGAGUGCUUCAAGCAACCACCAAUAGAGGAGACUAAGGCCCGCAAAAAAAAAGGAGAAAAGGCCUAAAAGUUUUUAAAUGUCUCUGGAUACAUGCAGACAAGUACUGACUAGACCCAACUAUGUUUUAGUGGGUUGCUCAAUGUAAUUUACAAUCCAGAAAGAAAAGGACACCCUUUUAUCCGUAAUUUUCGAAGACUUUAUCUCCAUUCCAGAAACCGAAAUAUCCAGAGUUGCUAUGUGGCUUAGCAUCUUCUAUUUGCAGACAAUUGCAGACCAUCUUGUAGUCUCUCACGCUGACAGAUCUCCUAACCCUCCUGUAGCCACUUCUAGGACCCUAAGUAUCGUGAACAUUCUUCUGGUAGGGUAAUAUAUUAGUAUACUGUUUGGCAACAUCCACCAGGCCAUAAAUGUGAAGUAUUUUCACUUUUUUUUUCCAGUGACAUCCCUCCUCUUUCACAUGUUUAGAACAACAUUCUGUGUGAUAAUUCCUGAAACUCUCUCUCCCCCCCUUUUAUCUUUUUAUUUCAUCUAGUUUUAGCCCCACUAUAUGUUGUUUUUUGUUUUGUUUUUCUUUUUAAUAUGUAAAUUCCCAGCAAAAAAUGUAGUCAUUACUUUUCAACUUUGUCAGCUCCUAUGUUGCAAGAUUUGUAGGGUGUUCCUGUGUAAACAAGUGGGAUUCAUGGGUGUGAUCAGAGAUGACAUUUGAGAAUUUGAACCCUUUUCAAAGGGUGGUAUGUUCUCUUGUAAAUCACAGUCUCCCUCUAUAAACAGUUACAUUUCCAUAUAGACCUAUUUGUGUGUAACUAUUCAUAUUGGUCCUAUAAUAAUGAGGUGCAUCUAUGAAUUAAUGAAAUGGUAGAAAUGAAUUCGUUCAGAUAAAUCAAAGUAUGAAUUUAGAAUUCUCACAUAUUUAUAUCCCAUUAAAAAUGAAUUAAAAUUGCUGUAUUCUACAAAUGGCCUGUGUUCUGCACAUUGGACUUCCAUUGGCUUAAAGACGUGUCCCAUUAUCAAUUCCUAAUCAUUUUUUUUUUUUUGGAAAUCUGUUUUGGACUUGUUUUAUUUCUUAUGUUUUUUUUCCCACCUUCUUUUUUUCCCUUCUUUGCUGGGGCUGAAACAAAAUAAACCUUGAAAUGGAAAAAAAUUAAAA